UUCAACUUUAAAAUCUAAACCUUUCAAACUUGAGUUACAAAAGUGAGCGUAUUCUAAGCGCACGCACAGUUUACGCUGAAUCUUUGAGGGAGGAUUACUAACACCAUACUUACGGUUCUUAAACUCUAGAAUAGCUACAAGCUACAAAGUGCCUAUAUUUAACCAAGCUUUUGGAAUUAGUAAACCCUGAUAUAGAAAUGGUGAAGAAAUUAUUCCUAGUUUUGUUUAUUUGUUGGGGUGUGGACGGAUUUCCUGAUGGUGCGCCAGUGGACGCGUGUGUAAAAGAUCGCGCGAAUCAGCCCAACCACGGGCAGCAUCGUACGCAGCCGCUAUCCACUCUGCCUUACAGGGUAGUCGCUUCGUCUGCAAACUAUGGACCUAAUUCAAUGAUCACAGUGACAAUCGAAGGUGCCAUACCGUUCAAAGGAUUCUUCAUCCAAGCGCGAUCCGUUGAGAACAACGAAUGGCUUGGCUCGUGGGAUGACACGCCUAACACCAGCCCUUUGCCAGAAUGCUCGGCCAUCACACACGCGGACCCUAAGAAUAAAAUCAGGGCUACUCUGUUGUGGAAAGCGCCACACAAUUCACACGGACGAGUUUAUUUCACAGGCACAGUCUUGAAGGAUUAUGGAACAUUCUGGUCUAAUCUCAUCGCAGAGGCACCGCAGGAACCCACGGCUCUUCAAGUUCUUUUUAAAUAAUUUUUAAUAAUAGAAUAAUAUUAAUUGGUAAUUUUAAGAACCUGCCGAUGAUACCUUAAAGUACCUAGUCAUUUUAAUAGGCCAUUUUAAAUGGCUUAUUAUAAUGACUAUGUAGAAUAACUAGGCAUUAAUCAUAUGUUAUUAUUCCCACUGAGUUAGAAAUUGUAUAAGAAAAAAUAGGGAUAUCAAAACUGUAAAUAAAUCAC